AAAGGACUGUAAAAGCAGGUCAGUACAUGGGCUGCAUGGUGAAACAGGACUGCUGGAGAGCUGGGCACAGUCUGCCUCCUGCUGCUGCUGUUCUCUCUCUUCAAUUAUUUAUGCUCCAAAUGGAUGAAGUGGUCAUCAGUACAGGGCUGGGGAGGGGUCCGGCCCUCUGUGUGAGUAGCAAUCUGCAGUUUAUGAAAAGGAGAAGUAAAUGUUCCCUACACACGGAAUUUUUGUCCCUUGAAUUUCCACGAACUGCUUGGCUACUUAUGUGUGAGUCCAAAAUUGUGCUGCCCUUGUGUGAAUUGGGCAAGGCCAUUUGGGCACGUUAGCCAAAUGUGUAAGUGUGACAGAUGUUGUGGUCUGAUCCUUGCUGAUGCUAACGAAGUAGCAGUUCAUUUAACCCCUAGAGAUGCUUGUGACACUGUUGCUCAGCUGCUGGGUUGCAGCCUGCUGGGGCCUUAUGAAAGGCAGUUCAUAGGUACAGAGGUGAAAGUGCUGCUGCUGUCUAAAUGAAGGAGAAACCCAGUCCCUGCAUGCUUUUAGUCUUCAAAGUCAAGGAGUCUCAUACAACCUCUUAAUGCUCUCAGGAAUAAUACCAACUGCACACCAAUGCUAUUCUCUGCCGGACUCUCCUGGCAGGAAAUAGAUGUAAGGCUGUUGCGACGGUCCUGUCCCGCCCUUCGAGCAGAGGGUGCUUUGCAGCAAGAUCUGAGGGGAAGCUAGUCUGGAGAGGAACAGCCUGAGUCUGCUGUCUUCUGGAGCCCAUACAGCUACCCUGUCUCGGCCUAAGUUGCUGUUCGUUAAAUACCCAAUGAAAUGGACAUCUUGGGAACCCAGGGAGGAUUCCAUGUUCAGCCAGCUGGUUGCUCACUGUGCCAGGCCAGGUUGGGUCCUUGCUGUGUUAGAGCUCUGCUGAAUUAGUUUUAAAUACUCAGUCCAAGGGGUUUCCCCAGCAGUUCUGUGUCACCGCACUGCUGUAGCAGUGGCUGCUGUAGCUGUGCUGCUGCUGUCAGACGGAGCCCACAUGUGCUGAACCCAAGCCUGGAGAGCUCUGCUCCAUCUUCAACGUUUCAAGCAAUUCUUGCUGAGAUAUCUGCUAACUAAGCCAGGAGGGUUUCUCUGGUUUCUCUUCCAGUUCAGGUGACUUCUGUGCUACUUUUUUUUUCUGGAUAGUAGAGUAGACUGGAGGGCACCUUCUUUGCUCACCCACAUAGCUUUCUUGCCUGACCAACACUAUGUCUUUGUCCCCUUCCUGCCCCAGGCAGAGAUUUCCUUGGGACAGUGAAAUCUCCCGGAGCAACCCUCCGUUACUUAUGAAGGAAAUAUGCGACAUCUCUAAUACAUUGUGUGACUUCAGAUUUUUGUGAGGCAUAUGCAAGUUGUUUCAUAGCAUACUGGAAUAAUUCCAUAUGGGCUGGAUUUUGUCUCUCUGUGUGUGUAUGUCUACAGUGUGGUUAGCCUUGAAGCACAGGAAAAAUAUUUGUCGGCUGUUACGCAUUCCUUUUGUCCCAAAGAAUCGUCCCUGGAGCAGUGAAGAGAUUUGCAGUCAUCUUGUUCCCACAGGGAUGUUCAGGAGCUGGAUUUGUGUGUGGUGUAUCAGAAAGGCAGGGAUCACAUCCCAGAACACGUGCUCCUCAUCAGUAUGUGUGCUGCUGUUCAUCCGUGACUUGGUAUCCCAGAAACAUCGUUUAAAACGAAUAGUGGAAGUUGGCACUGAGUGUGCUGAGGGGAAGGAUUUGUAUGUGCGACACUACCCAGAGCGGCUGGACCGCAAAAAGCCAAAGACAUCUUCUGUUGCUCCCAAUUCAAGACCAUGAGAAGCAGUACGUGGGCUUUGCCACUCUGCCGAACCAGGUCCACCGGAAAUCUGUGAAGAAAGGUUUCGACUUCACCCUGAUGGUUGCAGGAGAGUCAGGUCUGGGCAAAUCCACGCUCGUGAACAGCCUGUUCCUGACGGAUCUCUACAAAGACAGAAAGCUCCUCAAUGCAGAGGAGAGAAUCAACCAGACAGUGGAGAUUGUGAAGCAUACAGUGGACAUUGAGGAGAAGGGCGUCAAGCUGAAGCUGACCAUAGUGGACACACCAGGCUUUGGAGAUGCUGUUAACAACACUGAGUGCUGGAAGCCCAUCACUGACUACAUCGACCAGCAGUUUGAACAGUAUUUCCGUGAUGAGAGCGGCCUGAACAGGAAGAACAUCCAGGACAACCGAGUGCAUUGCUGCCUCUACUUCAUCUCGCCCUUCGGGCACGGGCUGAGGCCUGUGGAUGUCGAGUUCAUGAAGGCUCUGCAUGAGAAGGUCAACAUUGUGCCGCUCAUUGCCAAAGCUGACUGCCUGAUCCCCUCUGAGAUCCGGAAGCUAAAAGAGAGGAUCCGGGAAGAGAUUGACAAAUUUGGCAUUAAAGUAUAUCAGUUUCCUGAGUGUGACUCUGACGAAGAUGAGGAGUUCAAGCAGCAAGAUAGAGAGCUGAAGGAGAGUGCUCCCUUUGCUGUCAUCGGCAGUAACACAGUGGUGGAAGCAAAAGGCCAGCGAGUCCGUGGACGGCUGUACCCGUGGGGCAUUGUGGAAGUGGAAAAUCAGGCGCACUGUGACUUUGUGAAGCUGCGGAACAUGCUGAUCCGGACACACAUGCACGACCUGAAGGAUGUCACUUGUGAUGUCCAUUAUGAGAACUACCGAGCUCAGUGCAUCCAGCAAAUGACCAGCAAGCUGACUCAGGACAACAGGAUAGAAAGCCCAAUUCCUAUCCUGCCUCUCCCAACACCGGACACUGAGACAGAGAAGCUGAUCAAAAUGAAGGACGAGGAGCUACGGCGGAUGCAAGAAAUGCUGCAGAAGAUGCAGCAGCAGAUGCAGGAUCAGUGAGAUGCAGGUACUUGGAGGGCAAAGGGAAUCCCUCAGCGACCAACCGAAGUCUGGCAAGAGCUGUGGACGUUUAAAAAGAGGUUUCCCAUUGUAUAAAGACUUGUGGGCAAGAGCUGCACCUGCACCCUCUAAUUUAUUAGCAGCAAUGCUGGCUUUGCGGUCAGCUGGGUUGUGGAGAAGGCUGUUCACUUAACUGUUUACUGAUGUGUAUUUCUUUUUUUAUUAUUCUUUCUUUUCUUUUUUUCUCGUUUUGUUUUUUUUUCAAAAGGAACUAGCCUGGGAAGUCUCUUAAGGCAUCUUAAAAAGGGGAAAAAAAAGAAAAGAAACAGGUCUCCGUU